CUCCAGGUCUCUCUGCAGUCCUUGCAGCCAUGUAUACCACCCCGACGCCCUCCAGCGGCUCCACCGGCACCAAGCGCAAACUCGAUCCUUCCUCUCCAGACCAAGAUCCGAGUGCACUUGCGGAUGCCGCCCGCCCUGGCCAUCCCUCCGACCGUGAAAAUAUAUCAACCCCUCCCUCAAAGCGUCAGGCGACUUCGUCGGGCUUCAUCGGUCUUCUCCAGACCUUUGCCAGUCCCGUCUUCAAGCUUCUGACACCGUCUAAACCGAGAACCCAAACUCCGGCGUCCUCAGUGUCAUCUCGCUCCGACGGGGCUUCGUCUCCUCCAACCACUUCGAGCUCGCCUGUUGAACCAGCGCCCAAGCUGAUGAGCUUGCACAGACUGCCUCCAUCAGCCCGUCCUGUUCCGGAACGCAGCGUAUUUGGGAAGCCGCAGGACGAGAGCAUCGCAGAUGAAGUCGAGUCCCUCCUGAAUCAGCACGGCCCUCUGAAGCGCAAGACAGAGGAGUCAGACCCGCUCCCCAAACCUGCCGAGUCCUCCGCUGCGGUGCCCUCCACCCGGCCCAACUUUGACGGCCUUGCCAGCACGCCGUCAUUUAGCUCAAAGUUCACUUUCACCUUUGCUCCGCACCCAUCCAAGUCCGAGGCCGAGCCCUUGGCAAAUGUGCUGUCGGAUCUGACACGCGAACACGUCGGCUCUCCUCCCAAGCGAACAAACGAACUUCUGGCGAGCUUCUUCAGUCGGAAGGGCGACCAAAAAUUGACCAACGACGAGGCAAAGAAAAUCAUUGGAAUCUUGCAAACCCAAGCCGAGCCCAGUAAGGUCAUCUUUGGCUCCUCAAUCACCUCUGUUCCUUCAGCCACAGCCCCUCUCUCCUCCAGCAGCGCCCGCAAAGCAAUCCUGACCCCCGGAAAGCCCUCUCGAUUCGCAAGCGCCACGGCAAAACCUCCUACCAAAGCCAUCUUCCGGACGAACAGCUCUCGCCCAUUUGGCCUCGGCAUCGGAUCAUUGAACAGCGUGCCGACAUCUGUCCCUGCACCCUUGACUCCCUCUACUUCAACUUCCUCUGAGAAGAAGGCGCUGUCAGCAGUGCUCCAGAGUGGCAAGCGCUCCAAAGUCUCCGACCCCGUUGAGGGUGCAGGUGACAUCAAGCCCGCACCGGCCAUCCUUGAGUCUCUCUCGGACCAAAUCGCGCCGCCAAAAUUGACAACAGCACCCAGAUCUGCGACGGCGAAGAAGUUACUGGAGAUUCUCGACAGCAGCGAUGCCCCGGCUCAGCCAAUGAAGCCUCUGGCGUCUGUGACGCGGAAAGAAUCGAUGCUGAAAACAAACUCAAAGAAGAUCGUGGCAAAGGUCAUGUCGUCCAUCGACUUGGAUGGUGACAUUGAGAAGAUCAAACAAGCAGUGACUGAGUCGUCAGAGCUGUGGAAGAAACCCUCGGAUACUCCCAAAAAGCUCCAGCCUGUUUUCUCGUUCCCAUCGCCUGCAGUCGAGAAAAAGUCUGUCCAGCCGGUGGUACUUGUGACCGAGACUGCCCCCCUUCCGUCUUCAAGCGCAGCAGAGUCUGCAACAUUCCGUGCAUCCGAGGCAAGCAAAACCCUCGCUAGCUUCAAUAGGGAAGCCAAGGCCUCCGAGCCCUCCUCGGUGAAACCAUCCCUCCCAGCCUUCAGCUUCUCAACGCCCACUGCAAGCUUUUCAUUUGGACAACCGCCGCCGUCUCAGUCCGACUUUCCAGCGACUGCAAAGAGCGACGUAAGCUCGAUAUCUUCGGCGCCCAAAGCCGAUGUACCUGCAUCGUCCAUCCUCGCUCGGCUGGGCCCUGCUCCGAUCGCAUCUGCUCCACUCCCAGCUCCACAGUCACAAUCACAGACGGUCGAGGAGUCGCUCUCCAAGGUUUCCUCCCUUUCCCAUGCACAGCUGCCUCUGUUCUCAUUCAGAGCAGUGUUUCCCUCUGCCCUGCGGUUCGCCGACAAAUCGAUCCGUGAGUCUGCGGCCCAGGCGCCGAGAGAGUCCCUCCAGACCUUCAUUUUCGAUAAGGUCAGCAGUUCACCAAUCGCAGUGUCGGCUGCAACCUCUGCUUCCUCGGGGGGAUUCGAUUGGUCCAAAGCCGGCAUGAAGAAACCCGAAGCUGAGGCUGGAUCAUGGAAGUGCAAGACCUGCGAUUGCUCCAACAAGGAAGAUGCGACCAAAUGCAUUUCGUGCGAAGAGCCUAACCCCAGCAAGAAGGCUGCCGCGCCAACGUUUGGAUUUGGUGCUGCCUCCGUGUCUUCUGCACCAACCACUGCUCCCUCAGGGGGAUUCGAUUGGUCCAAAGCCGGCAUGAAGAAACCCGAAGCUGAGGCUGGAUCAUGGAAGUGCAAGACCUGCGAUUGCUCCAACAAGGAAGAUGCGACCAAAUGCAUUUCGUGCGAAGAGCCUAACCCCAGCAAGAAGGCUGCCGCGCCAACGUUUGGAUUUGGUGCUGCCUCCGUGUCUUCUGCACCAACCACUGCUCCCUCAGGGGGAUUCGAUUGGUCCAAAGCCGGCAUGAAGAAACCCGAAGCUGAGGCUGGAUCAUGGAAGUGCAAGACCUGCGAUUGCUCCAACAAGGAAGAUGCGACCAAAUGCAUUUCGUGCGAAGAGCCUAACCCCAGCAAGAAGGCUGCCGCUCCGACAUUCGGAUUUGGUGCUCCCUCGACUAUGUCGGCUGCAACCUCUGCUCCCUCAGGGGGAUUCGACUGGUCCAAAGCCGGCAUGAAGAAACCCGAAGCUGAGGCUGGAUCAUGGAAGUGCAAGACCUGCGAUUGCUCCAACAAGGAAGAUGCGACCAAAUGCAUUUCGUGCGAAGAGCCUAACCCCAGCAAGAAGACUGCCGCUCCAGCAUUUGGAUCUGGUGCAGCCAACUCCUCCACUGGCUUUAGCUUUGGUGCUCCAUCAGGGGGCUUCACCUUCGGCAGCGGCUCCAGCGGUGCUGGCGGCUUUCAGUUUGGAAGCGCUGGCGGAUUCGCAUUCGGGUCAACAGACACAGCGUCCUCCGGAACCACCUUUGGUUUCGGUGUGCCCAAAACAGAUUGA